AUGAUCGAGCAGGUGCUAGCUCAGAAACAAUGCAGAGAAGAAAGGCUACAAGUCUUAGCGAUGAAAAGGUCGAUGGACUCACCUUUCGUCAACGAAAUUAGGCGGUUCCGUCCACCAGCGAACUUUGUGCAUCCCCAGUUCAAGGAGUUAUUAGACGGAAAGAACGGCAAUCCGGUGGAAUAUUUCCAGCAUUUCCAAGUUUUAAUGAGUCUGUGGGGAUAUAUCGAUGAGUUGUUGUGCAGAACCUUUCCUGUGACACUGACAGGUAAAGCUUUGACUUGGUUCUCACAGUUGGAACCAAAUUCAAUUGCGAACUUUGGAAUGUUGUCAGACGCAUUUUUCGAACAGUAUAAAAUCAAUCUAGGGAGCAAAAAGGGGAGCGAUCACUUAUUUGGAUUGCGACAAGAGACGAAUGAAAGUCUGGCGGCUUUUAACCAGCGGUUUCGUCAAGAAGUUGGAGAACUCGACGUGGUUGAUGCUGGAAUCAUCAUUGAAGCAUACAAGAAUUCCUUUCCUUAUGAUGAAUUUGGGAUAUUCAAUUCCUUAACCAUACAACCGGUAGGAAGCCUCAAAGAAUUAUAUGCAAGGACUGAUAGCUACGCAAGGGCAGAAAAAGAAAAAAGAGCAAAGCUAUCACAGACGAAGGGGGCAGCAGGAAUGCCGUCCAAAGUAAGACACCAUCCAGAUGAAGGCUCCAAGAAGAAAAAUCAUGAAAGCUCGAAGGGCCGAAGUGAAGAAGAAAACGAGUCUAAAAAGGGGGAAAGGAGAGAAGGAGUGAAGUUUCCAAGCCUUAACAUUGGACUAGGAGAACUUCACAAGAAAAUCAGAGAUUCUCUCCCCAUCCCGAGACCGCUAUUCGAAGAUACUAAUGGCAAAAGAGAUAAAAACAAAUUUUGUGCUUAUCAUAACGACCAUGGGCAUACCACGGAUACUUGCCGAACGUUAGCAUCCGAGGUCCAGAAAAUGGUCGACGAAGGAAAGCUCCAACAGUACGUGAAGAAAGAUCCAUCGCGUAUCAACGCACUGAAUCUGCAAGAAAUACUAGUAAGUCAUGCAAAAAUCGAUUCUGCUUCAAGAAAAGCUCACGACAACGCAACGCGCCUGAAGAUACGGCAAAUACAUGAUUGGAGAAUUUCGAACAAGGUGGACUAUGUCAAUCUGAUAGGCACCGAAACUCUGGAAUAA